CCGCCCCGCGCCAGUCGGCGGGAGCCCAGGUGCCGGGCGGCAGCGCCCGAGGAUGCGCGCCGGGCCGCUGCUGCUGCUGGGGGCGCUGCUGGGCGGCGCGGCGGCGGGGGGCUCGGGCCGGCCCCUGCCGCACCGCACGCUCCUCGACCCCGACGGCGGGUACUGGCUGAGCUGGGGCCCGCGGGGCGGCCGGCUCGCCUUCCGCCUCGAGGUGCGCACCGCUGGCUACGUGGGCUUCGGCUUCUCGCCCACCGGGGCCAUGGCCGCGGCCGACAUCGUCGUCGGCGGGGUGGCCCACGGGCGGCCCUACCUGCAGGAUUAUUUUACAAAUGCAAACAGAGAGUUGAAAAAAGACACUCAGCAAGAUUACCACCUAGAAUAUGCCAUGGAAAAUAGUACACACACAGUAAUUGAAUUUACCAGAGAGCUGCAUACGUGUGACGUCAACGACAGAACUCUGACGGAGAGCACCGUGAGGGUGAUCUGGGCCUACCACCACGAAGACGUGGGAGAGGGCGGCCCCAAGUACCACGGCUCCAACCGUGGCACCAGGAGUCUGCGCUUAUUGAAUCCUGAGAAAACCAACGUGUUGUCUGCAGCCACUCCAUACUUUGAUCUGGUAAACCAGGACGUCCCCAUCCCAACCAAAGGUACAACAUAUUGGUGCCAAAUGUUUAAGAUUCCUGUGUUCCAGGAAAAGCAUCAUGUCAUAAAGGUUGAGCCGGUGAUUCAGAGAGGCCACGAGAGUCUGGUCCAUCACAUCUUGCUCUAUCAGUGCGGCAGCAGCUUUAACGACAGCGUCCUGGACUACGGCCAUGAGUGCUACCACCCGAACAUGCCCGAUGCGUUCCUCACCUGCGAGACUGUCAUGUUUGCCUGGGCCAUUGGCGGAGAGGGUUUUUCCUUUCCACCUCAUGUUGGAUUAUCCCUCGGCACUCCGUUAGAUCCUCAUUAUGUGCUCCUGGAAGUCCAUUAUGACAAUCCGACAUAUAAGGAAGGCUUAAUAGAUAAUUCUGGACUGAGGAUAUUUCAUACGACAGAAAUAAGGAAAUACGAUGCGGGGGCGAUUGAGGCUGGCCUGUGGGUUAGCCUCUUCCACACCAUCCCUCCCGGGAUGCCCGAGUUCCGCUCCGAGGGCCACUGCACGCUGGAGUGCCUGCAGGAGGCUCUGGAAGCUGAAAAGCCAAGUGGGAUCCACGUGUUUGCUGUUCUUCUCCACGCUCACCUGGCUGGCAGAGGCAUCAGGCUGCGUCAUUUUCGCAAAGGGGAAGAAAUGAGAUUACUUGCUUACGAUGACGAUUUCGACUUCAAUUUCCAGGAGUUCCAGUAUCUAAAGGAAGAACAAACAAUCUUACCCGGAGAUAAUCUAAUUACUGAGUGUCGCUACAACACAAAAGAUAGAGGCCGGAUGACUUGGGGAGGAUUAAGCACCAGGAAUGAAAUGUGUCUCUCGUAUCUUCUUUAUUACCCAAGAAUUAAUCUUACUCGAUGUGCAAGUAUUCCAGACAUUAUGGAGCAGCUUCAGUUCAUCGGUGUUAAGGAGAUCUACAGGCCGGUCACGACCUGGCCUUUCAUUAUCAAAAGCCCCAAGCAGUAUAGAAACCUUUCUUUCAUGGAUGCAAUGAAUAAGUUUAAAUGGACUAAAAAGGAAGGUCUCUCCUUCAAUAAGCUGGUCCUUAGCCUGCCGGUGAACGUGAGAUGCUCCAAGACGGACAACGCGGAGUGGUCGAUUCAAGGGAUGACAGCGUUGCCUCCAGACAUAGAAAGACCCUACAAAGCAGAGCCUUUGGUGUGUGGCACCUCUCGGUCCUCUUCUCUGCGCAGAAAUGUCUCUCUCAAGCUCCUUGUGGGCCUCACGGCCCUCGGCAGCACGCCCAGCAGCUGGCGCUGGUGGUCGUAAUUCUGCUGUGCUGGUGACAGUGUUUUGUGUGAUCUCACCUGUCACUUACCCUUCGGGUUAGAGACACUUAGCUCCUGAAGAGAGAGUGUGAAGAGCGUGGAGACCUGCCCUUCAUACAUUCCCGUCCGCCCCUCCUCCCUCUUUCCCAGGUCGCCUGAGGGAUGUCAGUCGGGUUCUCUUCUUUUCCUCAGAAAUGUCUGAUAGCACAUGUCGAUGGCAGGUAAAGCAAAACUGGCCUGACUUUAUAGAACCUUUUUCAAAAAACUGGACAACAUGGAAGUAAAAGAAUUCUUUAUUUCCUUCUGUAUUCCAUUUUAUUUAAAUACUCAUUGUUGCUAAUUUACUUUUUAAUUUUUGAUUUGGUUUUCUAUAUUCCUUUAAAAAAUGCCUUCAUCUUAAAAAUAUAAGGAAGGAAGUACCCUCCAUUCCAGGUUUCUUCCUUUCCUCAUUCCUUGGGUGCGACUUCCCACGCGUGACCAUGGUCCUUCCUGCCUUUCACUGUUAUCUGUUCCGUCCUUUCUGUAAAUUACCAUGGGCCCCUUCCCGCGAUGCUUUUCAACCAUGCCCAUUCGAAUCUCCUCGUUUAUCUGAGUCUGUGGGUACCACCAAACUACCUGGAACCCAUCUCAAAAUACUUUCUUUUCUUGUCUGCUCAGCACUGGCCAGGUGAGUUUUUUCUUGAGCUCUGUCAUUUUCUGAAAAGAAGGAAGCCAUGGGAAACAGACAUGGCAUAUAACUGAUUGUGAGCUGAGGAGAAAAUGUAGCUGGCUGCCUACUCUGUGCUGUGAGGGGUCCUUGAUGAGGUUCCAGGUCAGAGGCCAGACCGUGUGAGCCAGCCCAGGAGGGUGUGGGUCCACGCAGUACGCAGCUCCCUGCCCGUGCUGGGUGCCCAUGCUGCGGACUGGCUCAAUUUGAGUCACAGUUGCUAUUGUAGAUUUAUUUUUAUAUUAGUUAAUGAACUAACUUUCCAUAAUAAAAUUGUCACCGAUUGAAAAGCUCAUCACUUCUUUGGUUCUUUAUGUAUAGUUCAACCAAAUCUUGUUUUGUGUCCUUUCUUCAUUUCUUAGGCUGAAUUUGUUUGGAUCAUAUUAAUAAACUAAAUAAAAUUAAAUUUUUGUGUGGUAUCUUGUACCCUCCGUGAGAGAAGAAAAUGAUUCAGUACUGAUGUUUCCAGUCAAAUUAAUAAAGAAUGUUGCAUUUUUCUAUUCUAUUUUUAAGGCCUUUCUCCCCAGCAAACAAUGUCUUCAACACAAACUACAUUGUCUUUUAAAUAAAUAUUGUGUUUUGGAGUGGUUCCUUCUUCAUUCUCAGGAUUUGUCCAUUUAAUGAAAUGUUUGUAAUAUUUAUGAGGCAUAUUUUAUAGUUAACUUUACUUAUUUUUUAUUUCCUAAGUGCUGUAUCAGAUUCUGUGACUUUCUAUCCAAAUAUUUGUAUAAGAAAUAUGAUAAUCCCAACACUUCCUAUUUGAAAUUUCCUGUUGAUUUUGACUUGAGAAUUUCUGAAUCUGAGAUGUCAAAGUAAAGUGAUUUUGGGGGGCAAUUAUGUAAUAUUAUAUUUCUUUCAAUUGUUCUUGGUAAGGAAAGAACCUUACCCAGUACCAGCUAGAAAAGGAUGCACAGCUUUUGGAAGCCUGCAUUUUUGUAGCCAGGGGACUCUACUUUUCCAGUUGAUGUUUCUAAGAAUAAAGCUGACAUUCUUCCUCUCCUAGGAAUUCUCAUAAAUAUAUAAUUUCGAGGCAUUGACUCUUUACUGGAAAUUAUGAUAGGUUAUCUGUUGAAAAUUUGUCAGGAUUCUGACUAUAUUCUCAGUUAGUUUGCAUUGAACAAGAUCUUCCAGAAUAGCCCAGGCUUUCCUUUGCUGCCCUGGAUCAAGUUGCACUCCCUAUUUCCUAGGCUGUCAGAAAGGAGCACCUGAGAGCGAGGGAGCAUGGGGUCUUCAUGUACAGUUGUCCCUGGUUUGAUCCUUAAUGCAGGAGGGUGGGAGAGACACAUGUGAUGAAACCAGUAUUCAUCAAGGCCGUGUGAGGUUCAGGGUAUCUUGGGUGAUCAUCUUCUCUGGAGGGGUCUCAGGCAGGAUUAAGGUGGUCCUGGCAGUGAUAAGAGUGAUGCAGUCAACAGAGGCAGACGUAUUAAAGCUUUGAACCGUAUCUUAACGGCUGUGGAGGACAAUGAUGAGCGGCAAACAGGAGGACAGGUGGAAGCAGUACAUAAGUGCACUGAACAAUUUGCUCAACCAAACUCUUAUUGUUGGACAUACGGGCCAUUUCUAGUUUUUCAAUAUGAUAAACAGUGCUGUGAUCAACAGUCUUAUAGUUAAAACUUUGUCAUAUUUAUAAGUAUUACCUUAUAAUGUUACUGAAAGUGGAAUUACAGAAUUAAUAAUUGUCUGGUUUUGAGAAUUUUGAAUUAAUAAUUAUAAAUUUUUGAGAAUUUUGA